CUCGAACACGACAGCCAAGACUUUCAGGUUGGUCUUUCAUUCCCAUCCCAUCUUUCCAAAACUCUCCUUGCUCUCGCGGUUCCAUGCGCCAAUGGCCACACCGUGUUGAGGAGGAAAGAUGCGCCAAUUUCUGUCGUUCCUUUGGCUUUCGUUGCUUUCUUUAUUAGUGAUUCCCUCUUCGGCAUCAUCCGCCGCCGAUUACCACGAACAACUCAAUCUCAAGCCGCUCCCUCUUUCCGCCCUCCUCGCCAGUUUCAACUUCCGCUCCAACACCACCCUCUCCGAGUUCGAAAAGGGCAACUUCCGCUUCUUUCCGCGGUCGCUCGGUCAGAUUCUUCAGCAUGCCGGCACACGCGAGCUACAUCUGAGGUUCAGUCUGGGGAGGUGGGAUUCAGAGACAUGGGGAGCGAGACCGUGGGACGGUGCGCGCGAGGGCGGGACCGGCGUGGAGUUGUGGGCGUGGCUCGAGACUGAUACAGAUGAGGAAGCCGAUCGCAAAUGGCUGACCCUGACCAACGCCCUCUCGGGCCUGUUCUGCGCCUCGCUCAACUUCAUCGACGGCACCCGGACGACACGGCCUGUCAUGUCUUUCCAACCCGAAGGCGACCACUCGACAGAUAACAAUAUGCAUCUUCUCUACGGUGUGCUGCCACACGAGGUGGUGUGCACCGAGAACUUGACCCCUUUCUUGAAGCUCCUACCAUGCAAAGGAAAGGCCGGGAUUGCGACGCUUCUGGAUGGGCACAAACUGUUCGAUGCGUCGUGGCAGAGCAUGGCCAUCGAUAUCCGCCCGAUCUGUCCUCCUGAUGGGGAGUGUGUCCUUCAAAUCGAACAAACCGUCGAUAUGGUCCUUGAUAUUCAUCGGUCCAAGCGGCCCAGAGGCAACCCCAUUCCCAGGCCCCCGCCUGGCGACCAACUACCGUGUGAUACCUCGAAGCCUUACAACUCACACGACACAUGCUUCCCUGUGGACCACACUAGCCAGGAGUGGACCAUCUCCCAGCUCUUCGGGAAGACGGUCAAGGGCACCUGCCCCCUUACGGACCCUACCAUUCCACCAGUCUGCCUGGAAGUCCCCCACUCCAGCAGUGUCUUCGUCUCGAAGGACGUCCACGAGAAGAAGAACGCGGACCGCCUGUCUCGCUGCUUCCAUAUCUCUCCCGACACCGAACUCGAGAUAAUGCUUCCCCGCUCCGAACAGGAUGCCUCCUCGGCCAUCACGACCGACAUCGUCACGCCCGAGACCCCGCUUCUCUACGCCGAGCGCAGCUUUACAGGCCAUGGCCAAGAGCGGGGCGGCGUCCAAACUAUCCUGCGGAACCCGAGCCCCGACACCGAGGUCGAGUUCAUCUACAUGGAAUCUCUCCCCUGGUUUAUGCGCAUCUACCUCCACACCAUGGAAGCCCGCGUCGCCGGCCAGCCCCACGCAAACAAGUCCCUAGUCGAGCAGGUCUACUACCGCCCAGCACUCGACCGCGCCCGCGGCACCCAGCUGGAGGUGCGCAUGCGCGUGCCGGCCGCGUCGACCGUGUUCCUGACCUACGACUUUGAGAAGUCCAUCCUGCGCUACACCGAGUACCCGCCGGACGCGAACCGCGGCUUUGACGUCGCCGCCGCCGUCAUCACCAUCCUGGACCCGCCGCAGACGGUCGGCCGCUUCGCCGCCUACACCCUCCGCACCACCUCGCUGCUGUGCAGCCUGCCGACGCCCGACUUCAGCAUGCCGUACAACGUCAUCAUCUUUACCUCGACCGCUAUCGCCCUGGCGUUCGGCGGCAUGUUCAAUAUCCUCGUCCGGCGGUUUGUUGCCGCCGACGAGGCCCAUGCCACCGGAUUGGGGGUGUUGCUGGCGCGGUUGAAGGGCCGGUUGAAGGGGGCCGUGAAGGGUUGAGGGGCGGGGUGCGAACGGCGGACUGAGGAGUGUCAAGUUUGCAAACUUAGAGUGUGAAAGCAGAAUACAACCACGUCUUUUUUUUUCUGCUGUUCAGUUUUUUUUUUGAGUUCUUGCUCGGUGAUAUGGCUAAGGGGAGGGUCAGCCUUCUCUUUCCCCCCGCCUCGUUCUGUGCUCUUUAUUCUUUCCACUGACG